GUAGUGGUCAGAGUUGCACUAAGAGCCAAAAACACGCGUGGAGGCUCUGCCUGUGCGCAGUGCCUUUCCUCCAUGCUGCAGCAGAACCUAAAUUUUUUUGGAGUAACAAGGACACACAGACGUUGUGCCAACACUCGGGGUAAGCCAAAAGAUACUUAAAAAUAGCCUAAGUUUCCCUUGCUUGCUAUAAAGCCACCUCACAGAAGGCAUUAGAAUUGUAAGAGUGACAGACAGGUGAGCAAUUAUGACUCGUCCAAACACCUCAACUUCAAAUAGAAGUUUAACGAGUGUAAAUUAUUUGGUGACAAGCAAGCUUGUUCUCCACCGAUUGCAUGUAACGACGUCAUAAAUUUAAUAGUGUCAUUUGUUGUUUCAAGGUACCCCAAAACGAUGUAGCUGUGCAGUUUUGUCAUUUUAGCCUGCUCAGAUUCAUGUAUUGUUUACCAUUACAUGAAUCAAAUGCACCCAAGCAGAGAAAUUCUUUAUUCUAUAAUAAUGCUCAUAUGUAUAGGCCAUGCCACAAAUUGAUGACAUUGCAUCCUCAGGAAAAAUGUUUAAAUGCGCUAUACAAUUAUAUGAAAAUACAUUUUGUACAGCAUCCUGUGCAUUGAUAUUUAAUGUGCUUAAUGUUAGCAUUCUACUAGUAUAAAUGUCAUGACAAUAGUUUAAUGUAUUUGCUAAUUUUAUACUAAAAACCCAUGAAGAGUUCCAGUCCAGAAAACAAUGACGGAAAAUAAAACGUCUCAGAUCGACAAGUGCGCACGUUGACUAUGUCGAAUAUGUGUAUCAUCAAAUUUCGAGCUAAAAAAAAAAAGAAAGAAAAUGAUGUAAUUUUUGUUUUGCUUUGAGAGUUGCAAAAAGCAAUUGGCAUUCAUUUGAUGGAUUGGCCCAAAUAAUAUAAAUGGAAAUGUAUAUAAUUACUCGUACUGUAUACACAUUGUUGAACCGUUUAUACAUGUUUAUGUGCAUUUCUAAGUUAAUUGGAGACAAUUCGUAAUCAUGCUGUUUUUAUGUAUUGCUGACGUACCAGUGCGGAACUCUGUAUCAACGGAUCCUGUAAAGACUCGGACUUGGAUGCCCCCAAAAAGCAUAUUGGGGUAUCCCUUUAUUAUUGUGAAUUAAUCUGAAUAAAGGUUUAGGGUGACCAAUGUAAGUUAAAUAUGAAAAUUGUUAUAUUCUUGUAUAACUCCUCGGUAAUAAAGACAUUUAUUAUUCCAUCAGAAUAAUUUGCUUUCCUUUCUGUGUGUGGUUUGUCCCAGUGCGCCUGCCGUCUUUCAGCCAUUGAAAAACAACCAACUUCCUGUGUCUUCAAAACAACAUACGCAACAUUCGAUUUCUUACGUGUUUUGCUAAAUACAAAAAAAAAUGAGAAACGUUCAGAAUUGUAUUUUGGCGUCGCUAUCUGUAUGCUCUAUAUACUUUGCGUAUGUGCACAUCUACUGCUCUCAUAAAUUACUGAAAACAAAUGCACUCUGCUGCGAGAGACUUCCAAAGCUGUCAUAUCUGUUUCUCAAAUACCUGACCAAAGCUCUUAUGUGGAGAAAGGGCUGCUUGUACCAGCCACGCAGGAAGAAGAAAAGCGACGUGUUUUACUCCGUCGACAACUGCAGAAUAGACACUGUGCUUUUGAAGCGGUUUUGCAGUGCUGCGGGUUAUGGUUGGGACUAUCCAGACAGUGAAUACAGAGAUAUUCCUCUCUGCUUUCCCGAGGUUCUGUGCUGCACUCUCCUGCUUAUGGCAAUUACUGAUCACAACUUCCGGCUGAGCCCACUUGGUCUGGUUUGUGUGCGCCAGAGCAUCAAAACGCAUCAGCCAGUUGAUGAGUUGAAGAAAGGUCCCUUCACGUUGCAAAUUCAAGUCCUCGUGUACAGAACUGUGGAUGUCGGUGUGGAGGUGGAUGUCUUGCUGUCUUCUAUUUCCCGUUCCAAGAACCUUGUGUGGGAGAGCAUCCUAACACUGCUGUCCGAGAACAAGUGCCAUCAAGCCAACAAUGAAAAUGAGGUUGUAUUGGCAGGUCAAAAUUCCGAAGCCGUGCUUCCGCCAGUGAGACAAGUGGAUCUCAGAGUUCCAUUGAGUGCUGGCCCACCAUGUGCCUGGUCUUUCUUGGACUAUUGGUUCCUCUAUCUGCCAGCCUGUCUGUUUGGCUUCAAGUUGCGGCCCAUCUCAAGUCUGUGGAUGUUGUCUGUCUGCCUGGCUGAAAUAGAGAAGCACAAUGGGGUUGGAGUCAUCACAUCCCCGCUGAACAUCAUGGCCCAGUUUAAGGACCGUUUGUUGGCACCAAGCAAAGUGACCCUGUCAUUUUGGAGAUGUCGGCCGUCGACCCAAGACCUCGGGUUCCAAAUGCAGCAACACGGGGGUAGCAAGUGUCACGUAGUGGGAGUGAUAUCUCGGACCUGACUGAAACAGGAAGCAGUCAGUUGUUGGGAAUUAUACUCUCUCCUACUUAGUGUGUUAUGUAUCUUGAUUGAGUCCUCUCCACUUUAGAGUCCUGUGAUGUACAGCUUCUUGGGACUUCCCGCCAAAACUUGGUGUAAAGGCAUAUUUGUACAGACAGAUGAGGUAGAACAAAUCAGCAUGACCGCAA